AUGCAGUGUACAGACUAUGGAAAGCCAGGAGACGGCUCCAGUGCAGGCACGGCCUGCGCCUUGUCAAACAAGUCCAGCCUCCAAGACGCCUUCAAGAAGUUCAAGGCGCGACGCAAGGGCGAGAUGAAGAAGCUGAAAAAGCUGGAGAAGAACGCCGGCGCCAUCAAGCGCACGCCAGAGAUGAAAGAGCAGCUUCGACACAAGUUCCUACAACAAGUCCUCAAGUACCAAGGCGUGCCCUACCACAAAAAGUACCACCAAGAUCCGCAAAGCGAGCACUACAACGCACCCCUGUAUCUUGACUGUUGCGGACUUGUGCGAAGAGCACAGCGAGAUCUGGAGCGCCAGUUUGGGUUCCGUCUCGGCCGCUGGAACCAGGCAUACCAGUUUGACACGCUGCCCAUUGAGCUGACGAAAGAAGAGAUGAAGCCAGGCGACCUCGUGUUCAUUUCUGGAACCUACUUUAACCCCAAAAGCAAGAAGCAGAAGCACGACAUGGUGCAUGUCGAGGUGUGGAUGGGCGAUGGCGAGAAGACGGUCGGCGCACGCUACCAGCGAGGCGUUGUGCAGGUUCACGAUUCCUAUGCAUUUGAGAGCAAGUCGUACUACAACAUGAAAUAUUACUUUCGGUCCAUCGACACCUGGCUCGAUGGCAUCUGCAAGAGUUUUUGCCCCGAACACGAGUGGAAGACUCUGCAUCCAUCUCCAUCGACAGCAGCGUGCAUUGCAUGGGCAGAGGCGAAGGUCGUCAUCCAACUCACCGCAGCAGAGGGGUCUGAGUGGGGUGGUGUCACGCCACCGCUCCGUGUCGAAAUCGCCGCCAACUGCAAACACAAACAGGAGGAGUUCUCCUGCUCUCCUGUCAUCGUCGUCGUCGUCAUCGUCGUCGUCAUUGUCGUCACGCAGGCGUGCACGGCCCCGCAUGUCGCCAUCACCGACACCAACAUCGACACCAACAACUGCGACAACAACAACUGCGACAACAACAACUGCGACAACAACAACUGCGACAACAACAUCGCGGGCGUCUCCGUCGCCAUCGUCACGUGGCGCAUCACGCCGGGCGUCGUUGGACGUCGCUGUAAAGAACGUUUCCUUUUCAGCAAGUCGGGGAUCGUCCACACAUCAAUCCCCGAUCAAUACUUCAACUUUUGUCACGGGAAAGGCGGCGCGUACAUCCAGCAAUCCUUCCAGCCGCCGCAGUAGCACAAGUCCACCCACACACGCGCGCAAGCCAGACAUGACAUAAGCAAACAGCACGCUCGAACCAACACAAGAGCCAUCAUCUCUUCUUUCUUGCUUCCUUCAUUCCUUCCUGUCUUGCUUCCGUUUUCCCUCGUUAACACAUGCACGCACACAUACAUGCACGCAUAUGCACAGAUAACACGCUUGCGCGCCGUAAAGUCCCGCAUGCAAUACACAUCACCAGCUUUGUCAGUCUUCAAGCAAAUGAAUC